AUGGCGCACAGCGAUUGCAUGCAGCAGCAGGCGGUGCCCAGCCCAGGAGCCGGCCUUGCAGGUCAACGCCCCGCCGAGCGGUCACCGGGCGGCCGCAUUGUUGCCCGCCAUUUGCCUUCCGUUGUCUCUAUGCCGGUCGCCGUGACGGGACGCCUGAACAACCGGAGGUCAUGCCGCCUUGUGGAAAAGCAAAGUCAGUACGCAAGAGGUAAUAACUUUUCUUCUUCACAACGCUAUGCUAUCGCCGGAACCAUCUAUGCCAAACCGCUCCAACGACAUUUCAGAGAGCCGAUUGGAUCCCCACUUGACCAAGACAUGCUCCGGCGGGGGAGUCGGCGGCUCGGCGAGGACGUCAAAUGCCCAAACGCGGCCAUGUGCGCGGGAUUUACGGGCCCCGCCUUCCGGGCUGCCCUGCUGCUAAGAUACGGCUGUCGGGGCGUGGAAGAAGAGUGGAUUGCCGAUCUGGCCGGUGGACCGUGGGACGCUGACUUGACCGUUCAGUUCUUACGUGAGGCCCAGGCGUAAACCGCGGUUCGGUUCACCGUUCCCUUGUUUACGGCGUAUGUGACGGCACGCAUGGGGGGCCGUGAAAAACUCUGACUCUUCGGUCUUGCUCUGUUUC